AUGGCUAAAAAGCAAUUAGCUGACUUGGUUCGUCGAUUCGGGGUCAAGAAUUGCGACAGAGGCAAAGUAGCCAUGGGCACUGGUGGCGAAGCAGCUGUGGAUUUACAGGGACAAAGAUGGUUGUGUCGGGGCGAAGCAGCUACAAGAGGCUUCUGGGUUUGGAAAUUUACGGGGGAUCUUUUCUGUGAACCAACUUUUCACUACUAUUCAGUUAUGGCUGGAAUGUCAACUGAAGGCUCUCAAUUUGAUGCUAAACAGUAUGAUAGCAAAAUGAAUGACUUGCUUGGAACUGAUGGAGAGGAAUUCUUCACGAGUUAUGAUGAGGUGCACGAAAGUUUUGAUGCUAUGGGCUUACAAGAGAAUCUUCUGAGGGGCAUCUAUGCUUAUGGUUUUGAGAAGCCAUCUGCAAUUCAGCAAAGGGGGAUUGUUCCCUUUUGCAAGGGACUUGAUGUAAUUCAGCAAGCACAAUCUGGAACUGGGAAAACCGCAACAUUCUGCUCCGGAAUCCUCCAGCAGCUCGACUAUGGGUUAGUUGAAUGCCAGGCUUUGGUUCUUGCACCUACUCGUGAACUUGCACAGCAAAUUGAGAAGGUCAUGCGAGCACUGGGUGACUAUCUCGGGGUUAAGGUUCACGCUUGUGUUGGAGGUACCAGUGUACGUGAAGAUCAGCGUAUUCUUUCCAGUGGGGUCCAUGUUGUAGUAGGUACCCCUGGUCGUGUGUUUGACAUGUUACGGAGGCAAUCGCUUCGCCCUGACUACAUUAAGAUGUUUGUGUUGGAUGAAGCUGAUGAAAUGCUUUCAAGAGGUUUUAAGGAUCAGAUAUAUGAUAUUUUCCAGCUGCUGCCACCAAAGAUUCAAGUGGGUGUAUUCUCUGCCACUAUGCCACCAGAGGCUCUUGAAAUCACAAGGAAGUUUAUGAACAAGCCUGUCAGGAUUCUUGUAAAACGCGACGAGCUAACUCUUGAAGGUAUCAAGCAAUUCUAUGUCAAUGUGGAAAAGGAGGAAUGGAAGCUUGAAACCCUCUGUGAUCUUUACGAGACCUUGGCCAUCACCCAGAGUGUCAUUUUUGUUAAUACCCGGCGUAAGGUCGACUGGCUUACCGACAAAAUGCGCAGCCGGGAUCACACAGUCUCUGCCACCCACGGAGACAUGGAUCAGAACACGAGAGAUAUCAUUAUGCGGGAAUUCAGAUCCGGCUCUUCACGUGUUCUCAUAACCACCGACCUCUUGGCCCGUGGUAUAGACGUCCAACAAGUCUCUCUUGUGAUUAACUACGAUCUGCCGACUCAACCCGAGAAUUACCUUCACCGUAUUGGACGUAGUGGACGGUUUGGAAGAAAGGGUGUUGCUAUCAACUUUGUUACAAAAGACGACGAUCGCAUGCUUUUCGAUAUACAAAGGUUCUACAACGUUGUGAUUGAGGAGCUGCCCGCCAACGUUGCUGAUCUCCUAAUUUACACCUGA